AUGGCGAAUAUCGAAGAUGGCUUCCAAAAAGUCCUUGCCGACUUCCAGAAAAAGCUUCGGCAUGAAGAACUAGCCGCAUUUAAAUUAACGACACUCGACGACCUCAAAAUUGCGGCUCAGGGCGUGCAGGAUGCGCAGAAGAAAGGCAAGACGGCUCGAAACCUCACAAGAAUACAGCCAUUUCUCCAAGCAAUGGCACAAUAUCAAGGUGUUAUCGAGGUUUUCUUGAACGCUUCUGAUCUCCUUUGCUUUGUCUGGGGUCCCAUGAAAUUCAUGCUCCUUGUUGCAAGUAAUUGGGAAAAGUCAUUUGAUAUUCUUCUCAACACCUACAAAGAAUUGGCAGAGAAUUUUCCACUACUCAUGCAAUAUCGAUCGAUGUUCGCAAGCGAGAACAAUAAACAAAUGCAACAGAUUCUUGUGUGGAUAUAUGAAGAUAUAUUGAAUUUUCACCUUAAGGCUCUGAGAGUAUUUACCCAACAUGCCUGGAAACAACUAUUUAGUGCAACUUGGAAAAACUUCCAAGAAAAUACUAAGCCAAUCUUAAACGAUCUUCUUCGGCAUCGAGAACUUAUCGAAAGGACGGCUAACUUGCAGCAAAUUCAGGAGUCCCGCGACGCACGUCUUCUUUCUCAGGCUUCUUUCGCUGCCCUGGAGAAAGAACAAAAUCAUAACAAGAUUCGAAUGAUAUCAACUUGGCUAUCUGCAACCGAUUCUACGGAGGAUCAAGAUACCUUUGCUAUGAAACGCCAAGAUGUUCCUGGCUCAGGAAGCUGGAUCUUGAAGGAGCCCAAGAUCUUAGCCUGGCUGGAUCCUGACAACUGUGGUACACCAGUACUUUGGUUAAACGGCAAGCCAGGAGCCGGAAAAACGAUUCUCGCCUCAGUUAUCAUUGAAGGCGCCUCAGUCCUAGUCAAGGCUUCUUCUAAAAGUGAUCAUCAGACGACUAUUUCAAUGACAUACUUUUACUGUAGAGAGAAAGACCGAGAUAAGAAUACUUUUGCUAGUGUAGCCAAAGCACUUUUAGCUCAAUUGCUCAAACAAAAUUCGGAUAAGCCGGAAUUCCUCGCUUAUCUGUAUGAUGAGUGUCUAAAGAACUGCAAGCCGACGUUGAAAUCCCAACAAGACUGCUCUGUUAUUCUGAAGAGAACGCUUAACGCAUUCCCACGGUCGUUUAUCAUCAUAGAUGGGCUAGAUGAAUGUGAAUCGAAAGAGCGUAAGACAAUAAUGAAACUCUUUCUUUCGAUUAUCAAUGAGAACAGCACAGAGCCAGGAAAACUACGUUGCUUCUUUAUCAGUCAAGACCUCAACGACAUCAGACUUGGUCUAAAAGAUCCGGACGUUCUGCAUCUGACAGAAAAGCACGUUGAACGAGAUAUCGAGAAUUAUGCAGUCUGGUACGCCUCGCAGAUCGAAAACAAGCACACGGGAGUUUCUCAAGGUGUGAAAGAUUACAUCAUUAAACUAGUAUGCGAAGGCUCCGAUGGCAUGUUCUUAUUCGCGAAACUUGUCUUGAAGAACUUGUAUGCACAACCUAACUUGAAAGGUCUUUACGCCGAGCUGCGUCCAGAUCUGUUUCCUAAAGGAUUGGAAAAGGCUUAUUCUCGUAUCCUCAGUAGGAUUUUAGAAAACUCGGAACCAGUUCAACAGCAGACCGCGCGCAAGUUGCUUGGGUGGAUCGUCAGCGUAAAACGGCCUCUUAAGUGGCAGGAGAUUCAAGGGGCCUUUUCGAUAGACGUUAUUUCUGGACAAGUUAAUUUUGAAUCUCGUCGGCUAGCAGGUGAUAUUGGAGAUAUAUGUGGCUCACUGGUCGAGGUCUCUUCGAGUAACAGGGUACAGCUCGUACACUCAUCUGCAAGACAUUUUCUGAUACAGAGUCAGACAAUUGACGAAGGUGAUGAAGAAAAACAAAUGUCACUUUUAUGCCUGAAAUAUCUUUCCUUCGACAGUCUGAAUCCAGAUAUCACAGCGGAUGCCUUAAAGAAACACUUAAUGGAAGGUGAUUAUGCCUUCCUCGAGUAUGCGACUCUCCAUUGGAACCAUCACUUAGAAUCCGCCAUCAAGUCUCUUAAACCCGAUGGCCUACUCCAUUUGUCCGUUGCUCUAAACGAUUUCAUUGAAUUUUAUGGUCCAGAGUCGUCGAUCUUUGAAGAAAAGGACAAAAAGGAGUACGAAAAAGUCCGCAAAGACUACAUUCAGCGCUGCGAGGCUUUACAAACAAGCGAAUGCCAUGAAUCACUUGUAUCACUACUCAGUCACGCUAAAGUCAGUCGGCUCCUGAAUGAGCAGUUAGAGGCUCUCGGUCCACCAGGUGUCUUGAUCAAAAAUCUUCGUUUGACUCUUGAAGAGUUCACUUCACCACAAGCCUUGGAUGUGCUGGGAAUACAGAAAUUGCAAGAGUACUUUGGCGAUAAAUGGCACAAGUGCCCUCACCAUUCAUGCUAUUACUUCCACGAGGGAUUUACCCAAAAAAGCACCCUUCUUCAGCAUACGAAUAAACACGACCAGCCGUUUUGCUGCACAGAAGCCGGGUGCACAAGAAUGUACAUUGGUUGGAGCACUGAGAAAGAGUUGAAAAGUCAUAUGAGUCGUUACCACCCCGAUCCAGAUGCAUUUGCUUGGAAGUUUCCACCUGUCACAAAGCUCCCGACGAUAUUCAAAUGCGAUCAAUGCCCAAAACAAUUCUCACGGGCGAACAUUCUUAGUACGCAUCGUCUGAGGGUUCAUGAGCGACACGAGAAACGGGAUCACGUUUGCGAGCACUGUGGAAAGGGAUUUGUGAGAAAUUACGAGCUGGUUCGUCAUAAGACCAUCCACCCGUGA